AUGGCGAACCCCAAGCCGCGCGCCGAUACGCCUCUUCCCUCCGUAAUGCAACCUCAGAAGAAAGAGACCUUCGGCAACCUCGCCCCAUGGAGCGAGCCUUCGUGGUACUCCGCCCUCGCCUCCCCCUACUACAACGAGUCGCACAAGAAACUACGCAAUGCGCUUCGCACAUACAUCGAUACAAACAUAAAGCCGUACAUGCUCGAGUGGGAGGAAGCUGGCGAGGCUCCAGCCCAGGAACGGCACAAAUGGGCGCAGACUGGUUACGCAUUCGCGGACGUGCCAGAACCGUACCGCCCACGCAAUGUUCCAGGACCCGCGGGCAUACUGGUUGGCGACUUGGACUUGUUCCAUCUGUUGAUCAUGACGGAUGAGAAUAGUAGGAUAGAGGGUGGUGUAGGUGUCGCUCUGGGCGGUGGCAGCGUGAUUGGUGCUCCGCCGAUUGUACAUCAUGGAACUGAGGAGCAGAAGAAGAAGUGGUUGCCAGGGUUGUUUACUUGGGAGACUAGUUUCUGUCUAGGCAUUACUGAGCCGGGUGGUGGUUCCGACGUCGCGAACCUCCAGACUACGGCAACCAAGACCGAAGACGGAAAAUACUACGUUGUGAACGGGUACAAGAAAUGGAUUACUGGCAUGCCAUGGGCUACACACAUGACGACUGCCGUUCGCACUGGAGGACCUGGCGCCACUGGCAUCUCCGUCCUUGUCAUUCCCACCGACUCAUCCGGACUAACACAUCGCCGUAUUCCCAACUCAGGGCAAAAGGGUGGAGGCGCAAGCUUCGUGGAGAUGGACGAUGUCCGCGUCCCUGUAUCCAAUCUCAUCGGCAAAGAGAACGAAGGCUUUCGAAUUGUGAUGACCAACUUCAACAAAGAACGCUACAUCAUGAGCAUAGGCUGCAACAGAAAAGCGCGAACCUGUCUGAGCGAAUCUUUCCACUACGCACAUAAGCGACACACAUUCGGCAAGCCCCUCAUCGCCAACCAGAUCAUUGCGCAUAAACUCGCUACCAUUGGCCGGUAUGUAGAGAGCCACUGGGCAUGGCUCGAACAACUCGCAUACCAUAUCCAGCAAUCUCCGCUCGGCUGGCAGGAUCCGGAGAUUGCGGGCCAAAUUGCCCUGUGCAAGGUGCACGGUGGUCGUAUACUUGAAAUGGCGAACCGCGAGGCGCAGCAGAUCUUCGGUGGUGCUGGGUAUCAGAAGGGUGGGCCUGGUGCUAUUGUUGAGCAGAUUAGUCGGGAUCUGAGGAUGAUGGUUGUGGGUGGCGGCAGUGAGGAAAUCAUUGCUGAUUUGGCGGUCAGGCAGGAGACGGCGCUUUCGAAGAAGCGGGGAUGGAAGUUAGACUCGCAGGCCAAUCCACCAAAGCAGCGCAUACUCGAGCCGAAUCCUGUGGCGGCUUCUGCACCACCGGACAUGAACUCGGCGGCCAUUUCUUUCGAAUCGAAGAUUGCCCUGGCCUUGGGUGGUUCGAGUUGGCAGCAACUGCAGGGUGACAGUGCUGUGGAGCCCACCAUUGCGGCCGAAGAUGGCGUUGACUCCGAUUCGGACGGUGGGGAUGCCAUUCUGGAAAUUCCUGAAGAAGAAGUGAUCGAUCCAGUCGUACUUGAGAAACGCAGGAGAAAAAUGGCGCGCUUCAACAGCACUAUUGCAAGAGAUGCAGGACAUGUUGUAGAGACAAUCGAAAAGACCGCACUCAUCCCGGUACCAGAGCCAGUAACAUGGGACGAGGAACCGGAGCUGUUGUGUUGCUACAACUGGCAGGCUGCGGAAGACGGUACCAAUACGAUAUUUGAUCGCAACAAUCUCCGUGUGUUAUUGGAAUUUGCUCAGGGCAAGAAUAACGCACCUCUCCGCCUCAAUCUGUAUCUAGUCUUCAACACACUCGUCAUCGUGCGCAGGGAGUCACGGUGGUGGAAACGCUCAGACGGGAAGAGUUACGGGUUCAACUUCGAGCGAGCCUUCACCAAGAAAACUGAAGACAUGGAGGAUGCGACGAGUCACUAUCGGGCUAUACGAUAUGCAAUGGGUCCUCUCAACGUCGUUUGUCGCUUCGAAGCAGAUGCAUACGACGACGGCAUCAUUCCCGACGAUCUCACACAGACCGAAGCAGCAGCGGUGAGCGGAAGCUCACACGUGAACCCUCCAAGGUUCAAUUACAAUGCGCCAAUUCGGGUCCUGCAAAAAGGCCAUAUCGUACCAACAGCCCAGAUACUAGAGCUCAAAACUCAGGCUUAUAGCCCAUUGGCAUCAGGGUUGGUCGCAUGUCAAGAUCAGCUCUGGUUCGGUCGUACAUCGUUGCUUUACACCGCUCCCUACGAGAAAGGUACCGGUGUUGUAUCGAGGAUCAAGGAGGAAGUCGCAACUGUAAGGGUGAAGACAUGGGAGCAGAACCAGCAGGAACCGUUGAGGAAACUCGCUGCUCUGCUUAUACGCCUGAGAGAUGUGCUGAAGCGAGAGAAUCGGCCGAAUCGAGCUUUGAUUCUUGUGAGGGAAGAGAAAGGUGGGCCAAUCGUAUUGCGUACGAUGGAAGAACGAAGUUGGGCUGUGGACAGAGAAACACGUGAAACAUUCUGGCCGCUCCCUACUCAUGGCAAUCGAGGAAGGGGUGGUGGAAGGGGCAGGGGUGCUUACAACAGCGGACCUCGCGGUCGUGGGAAUUUCGCGCCAGCUCAAGGCCGAGGAGACUUUGCAGCUCCGCGCGGACGUGGCUACUUCACACCCGGUCAGGGUCGAGAGUCUGACUUUGCACCUUCUCGCGGACGGGGCCAAUUCGUACCUGGUCAUGGUCGAGGAGACUUUACACCUUCGCGCGGGCGCGGGCAGUUCACGUCUGGCCAGAGUCGAGGGGGUGAUUCUGCGAACUCACGUGGUCGCGGGUAUUACGCCCCAGCUCAAGGUCGUGGCCAGCAUCACUAUCAGCGAGGUAGCGGGCAGUAG